UUAAGUUAAAAAAAAAAAAAAAAACACAGUAUAGGAAUAUUUUCAAACGCAUUUAUUUUAUUUGAGAAAUCCUUUGUCGAUAUAUGUAAUUAACAAGGACAUUAUAUGGCGCACGCACGUAUUCGAUAAAAACGCAUAUUUGAAAUUUCCGCGUUAGCAACCAUGUCGCUUAAGCAGCACCUGUAGUAGUUACAUGGUAAAUACUCGUUCUUGGUAUCACAUCAAUCCUAUAGUUUAUAAAGAGAUUAUAGUUCUAUAAAGCACGUGUAAUGAAGAUCUAUAUGUCAACGAUGAAAUAUAUGUUUUUAACUCUUUCAAUGAUUUAAUAUUAAUUAAUUUUAAGUAAACAAAUAUAUAGAAAUAAACAAAAUAUAGAACUGUAUUGGUCAAACUGUAAAAAUGGUACAUAAAAUGUAAAUGUGCAAUAAUAGACAAUAUUAAUGAAUAAAAUAUUUCUAUAAAUAAAAGAGAAAGAAAAUUAUUUUUGAGAAGCAAUAAUAAUGAACUUACAACAUAAAAUAUGCAUGAUAUCAGACUUUUUUUAUCCCAAUAUGGGUGGUGUCGAAGAGCAUAUAUUUAAUUUAUCACAAUGUUUGUUAGAAAGAGGACAUAAGGUUGUAGUAUUAACGCAUUCAUAUAAAAAUCGAAUUGGAAUACGUUAUAUGACCAAUGGAUUAAAAGUAUAUUAUAUUCCAGUCAGAGUAUUUUACAAUCAAUGUAUUUUACCAACGAUGAUAUGUUCUAUUCCUCUCAUUCGGUAUAUACUAAUUAGAGAAGAAAUAGAGAUAAUACAUGGGCACUCCGCAUUUUCUGCUUUAGCGCACGAAGGAAUGUUAAUUGGCAGAUUAAUGGGGUUGAAGACAGUUUUCACAGAUCAUUCAUUGUUUGGUUUUGCAGAUGCAUCUGCUAUUUUAACAAAUAAAUUUUUAGAAAUUUCUUUAGCAGAUUGUGAUCAUUGUAUAUGCGUAUCACAUAUAGGAAAAGAAAAUACUGUUUUGCGAGCAAAGGUUCAUAAAGAAAAAGUAUCCGUUAUUCCGAAUGCUGUAGAUGCUAUGCUUUUUACACCCAAUAUUAACAAACGAAGUAAAGAAUUCAUUACUAUAGUAGUAGUAUCACGAUUAGUUUAUCGUAAAGGAGUUGAUCUCUUAGCCCAUAUAAUACCUGAAAUAUGUUCACGACAUAAUAAUGUGAACUUCUUAAUUGGGGGAGAUGGUCCAAAACGAUGGCUUAUAGAAGAAAUACGAGAACGAAAUUUAUUACAGCACAGAGUUACAUUGCUUGGAAGUUUGGAACAUGCUCAAGUUAAACACGUUUUGAAUAAAGGUCAUAUAUUUUUAAAUACUAGUCUCACAGAAGCUUAUUGCAUGGCAAUCGUUGAAGCUGCCUCUUGUGGUUUACAAGUUGUAUCUACUAAAGUUGGAGGAAUACCUGAAGUAUUACCACCAGAUUUAAUUUAUUUGGUGGAACCAACAGUACCAGAUCUUAUUAAAGGAUUAGAGCAAGCUAUGUUAGACUAUGUGACAGGAAAUAUUAGUCCUCCGUAUGAAGUGCAUAGAAGAAUAAGUUUAUUUUAUAAUUGGUUUAACAUUACUAAAAGAACUGAAAUUGUUUACGAUUUAGUCUCUAAUGAAGCAAAGAAAAAUUUAGGUCAACAAUUAAUAAGUUACAUUCAGAGCGGUGUAUUACCAUAUCUGUUAGUGGUAUCUCUAUGCUACAUUAUAUUAAAAGUUUUAGAAUGCAUGGUUCCCAGAAAGUAUAUUGACAUUGUAAAGGAUUAUAAAGGAAAUCAUAUAGCAUCUUCAAAGGAGAAAAAAUGGGUGUACGUGCGCGCCUGCCUGUAUAAUGUUUUUAAUAAAUUUCUCCUAUUUUAUAGAAAAAAGUAUUAAAUUAUCCAUCUCUCAUUUGGAGAAGAUAAUACGAAGUAAUGCAUCUACCUUUCUUGAGGGGGAAAAAAAGAAGAGAAGAAAGGUAUAUUUAUAAACAUAAUAUAAG